AUGGAAACUUGCACGGCUCUAUUGUUUUUAACGGCGAUCACAGCUUACUUGAUAUGGUUCACGUUCAUCUCACGGUCCUUGAAAGGUCCACGUGUCUGGGCCUUAUUGGGCAGUCUCCCGGGCCUCAUAGACAACUGUGACCGCAUGCAUGACUGGAUCUGCGACAAUCUACGCGCGUGUGGCGGCACGUACCAGACCUGCAUCUGUGCAAUCCCCUUCCUCGCCAAGAAGCAAGGUCUCGUGACUGUCACCUGCGACCCAAGGAACCUGGAGCACAUACUCAAGACCCGCUUCGACAAUUACCCCAAAGGCCCCACGUGGCAUGCUGUCUUCCAUGAUCUCUUGGGUGAUGGCAUCUUCAAUUCCGACGGUGACACGUGGCUGUUCCAGCGGAAGACCGCCGCACUAGAAUUCACCACUAGGACAUUGCGUCAAGCCAUGGCUCGAUGGGUGAGCCGAGCUAUUAACAGACUAUGCUUGAUCCUGAAGAAGGCUCAGGAUGAAGCUGACCCUAUUGAUCUACAAGACCUGAUGCUUCGACUCACUUUUGAUAACAUUUGUGGGUUAGCUUUCGGGAGAGACCCACAAACAUGUGUGUUGGGUUUACCUGACAAUCGUUUUGCAACGGCUUUCGACCGAGCCACUGAAGCCUCGCUCCAACGGUUCAUUUUGCCUGAGGUGUUAUGGAAAGUGAAGAAAUGGCUUCGGCUUGGCAUGGAAGUGAGCUUGAGCCGAAGCCUUGCCCACGUGGACGACCAUUUGUCAAAUGUUAUUGAGAAACGCAAGGUGGAAUUGCUGAGUCAGCAGAAAGAUGGGACUCUUCAUGAUGAUUUGUUGACUAGGUUUAUGAAGAAGAAGGAAUCCUACACGGACAAGUUUCUUCAACACGUGGCAUUGAAUUUUAUCCUAGCUGGACGUGACACGUCAUCGGUGGCGCUGAGCUGGUUUUUUUGGUCGGUGAUUCAAAAUCCUAAGGUGGAGGAGAAAAUUCUGAAGGAAAUUUGUACAGUUUUGAUGGAGACACGUGGCGAUGACAUGGCAAAGUGGUUGGAUGAGCCGUUGGCCUUUGAGGAAGUUGACAGUUUGGUUUAUCUCAAGGCUGCAUUGUCUGAGACGUUGAGGUUGUACCCUUCUGUGCCGGAGGACUCAAAGCAUGCGGUGGCGGACGACGUGCUGCCGGACGGAACCUUUGUGCCGGCUGGGUCGUCGGUGACUUAUUCGAUAUAUUCGGCGGGAAGGUUGAAGUCCACGUGGGGUGAGGAUUGCAUGGAGUUUAGACCUGAGAGGUGGUUGUCGUUGGAUGGGACAAAGUUCAUCAUGCAUGACUCUUUCAAGUUUGUUGCAUUCAAUGCUGGUCCAAGGAUAUGUUUGGGGAAGGAUUUGGCUUAUCUUCAGAUGAAGUCCAUUGCUGCAGCGGUGCUGCUCCGGCACCGCCUUGUGCCGGUGCCUGGCCACCAGGUGGAGCAAAAGAUGUCACUCACUUUGUUCAUGAAAAAUGGACUCAAGGUCAAUGUGCAUAAGAGGGACUUGAAAGGGGUCAUUACAAGUAUACAAAAAGAAAAGGAGGGAGAUGAUGGCAUUAGAUGUAAUGAAAGUUAG